UUUGGAAUUAUGACAAAUGUUUUAAUAUUUUGAGAAGGGCGUUCCGUAAUUUUUUAUUUUAUUGAUAUAAAAAAUUAGAUUUUUCCUUGUCUAAUGAAAAUAUAAAAGUAUAACGAAAAUUGGAAAUUGAAAAGGAACAAAUAUGACUGAAAAAAUCACAUUAGCUGAUGCUCUCUCUAAUGUUGAAGUAUUGGAUGAACUAUCAUUGCCAGAUGAGCAACCAUGCAUUGAAGCACAACCAUGUUCUGUAAUUUAUAGAGCAAAUUUUGAUACAAAUUUUGAGGAUCGGAAUGGUUUUGUUACUGGCAUUGCAAAGUAUAUAGAAGAAGCUACAACCCAUGCUAACCUUAAUAUAUUGCUGGAAGAAGGUCAAAAACAUGCAGUUAUGUUAUAUACUUGGAGAUGCUGCUCCAGAGCAAUACCACAACCCAAAUCAAAUGAACAACCAAAUCGUGUUGAAAUUUAUGAGAAAACUGUAGAGGUUUUAGGACCUGAAGUAAAUAAAUUACUCAACUUUAUGUAUUUUCAACGUAAGGCAAUUGAAGCAUUUUCUGGUGAAGUUAAACGUCUUUGUCAUGCAGAAAAACGAAAAGAUUUUGUGUCUGAGGCUUAUCUUUUAACGCUUGGAAAAUUCAUAAAUAUGUUCGCAGUUUUAGACGAAUUGAAAAAUAUGAAAUCUAGUGUUAAAAAUGAUUACAGUACAUACAGAAGAGCAGCACAAUUUUUAAAAGUAAUGUCUGAUUCUCAUACUUUACAAGAAUCACAAAAUUUAUCAAUGUUUUUGGCAACGCAAAAUAAAAUUCGUGACACAGUUAAAGAUACUUUAGAAAAAAUAGCCGGAUAUGAAGAUUUAUUAUCAGAUGUUGUUAACAUUUGCGUCCACAUGUUUGAAACAAAAAUGUAUAUGACUCCAGAAGAAAAACAUAUGCUGGUAAAAGUUAUGGGUUUCGGGUUGUUUUUAAUGGAUAGUGAUAUUUGCAAUAUAAAUAAAUUGGAUCAAAAAAAGAAAAUUCGUUUAGAUAGAAUUGACCGAAUUUUUAAGAACUUAGAAGUUGUACCAUUGUUUGGAGACAUGCAAAUUGCCCCAUUUAAUUAUAUAAAACGAAGUAAGCAUUUUGACGCAAGCAAAUGGCCACUAUCUAGUUCAAGUCAAAUAAGUCCUCAAGCCGACUUAAUGGUUCACUUGCCCCAAAUAAGAGAAGAUCAUGUUAAAUACAUAUCUGAGCUUGCACGCUACACUAAUGAAGUUACAACAACUGUCAAGGAUAAUCCAACAGAUGCUGAAAAUAGGGCUACUUCUGAUUUAGCUUUACGUGGGCUACAACUUCUUUCGGAGUGGACAAGUGUCGUAACAGAACUUUAUUCAUGGAAAUUAUUACACCCUACCGACCACCAUCAAAAUAAAGAUUGCCCAGUAGAAGCUGAGGAAUAUGAAAGAGCUACACGAUAUAAUUACACUGAAGAAGAGAAAUUUGCUCUCAUAGAAGUAAUUGCAAUGAUUAAAGGUCUACAGGUUCUAAUGGCACGUAUAGAAACAGUAUUAUGCGAGGCAAUUCGUAGAAAUAUUUAUGCUGAAUUACAAGACUUCGUUCAACUUUCUUUAAGAGAACCAAUGAGAAAAGCUAUAAAAAAUAAAAAGGAUUUGAUAAGAAGUAUUAUAAUGUCGGUACGAGAAACCAGCGCUGAUUGGCAAAAAGGUUUUGAACCUUCAGAUGAUCCAGCUUUAAAAGGAAAAAAAGAUCCUGAUGGUGGCUUUCGUAUACACGUUCCGCGAUUAAAUGUCGGUCCGUCAUCAACUCAAUUAUAUAUGGUUCGAACAAUGUUGGAGUCGCUAAUUGCAGAUAAAAGUGGGGGAAAACGAACCCUCCGAAAAGAUAUUGACGGGAAUUGUCUGAUGCAAAUCGACCAGUUUCAUAAAACAUCUUUUUAUUGGUGCUAUUUGCUAAAUUUCAGUGAAUCAUUGCAAAAAUGUUGUGAUUUAUCACAACUUUGGUAUCGCGAAUUUUAUUUGGAAAUGACUAUGGGACGAAAAGUAAAUAAGUGCAUGGUGAGACAUCAACAUAAUGAAGAAUGUAAUGAUUUAAUUACAAUGGAAAAAAGAAUUCAAUUCCCUAUUGAAAUGUCUAUGCCUUGGAUAUUGACAGAUCAUAUACUGCAGACCAAAGAACCUUCAAUGAUGGAAUUCGUUUUAUAUCCUCUGGAUUUGUAUAAUGAUUCAGCACAUUAUGCACUUACAGUUUUCAGAAAACAAUUUUUAUACGACGAGGUUGAAGCGGAAGUUAAUUUGUGUUUCGACCAAUUUGUUUAUAAGCUCAGCGAACAGAUUUUUGCUCAUUAUAAACAAUUAGCUGGAAGCAUUUAUUUGGACAAACGUUUUCGACUUGAAUGCGAAGUACUCGGUUUUAAUUUCCAAUCUUAUCCCCGAAAUAAUAGAUAUGAAACUCUAUUGAAACAAAGACAUGUUCAAUUAUUAGGUCGUUCAAUUGAUUUGAACAAAUUAAUCACACAGCGUAUUAACGCAAACAUGCACAAAAGUAUUGAACUGGCUAUAAGUCGAUUCGAAGGGAAUGAUAUAACUGGAAUUGUUGAAUUGGAAGGCUUAUUAGAAGUAAAUCGUAUUUGUCACAAAUUGUUAAGUAAAUGGCUUGCUUUAGAUAAUUUUGAGCAUAUGGUAAAAGAGGCCAACCAUAACGUAUUGGCUCCAUAUGGGCGUAUAACUUUACAUGUAUUCGUCGAACUUAAUUAUGAUUUCUUGUCCAGUUAUUGUUACAAUGCAGCAACAAACAGGUUUGUGCGCAGUAAGGCCAAUAUUUCCUUUGUACAACCUAUACAAAGAGACAAACCUCCACAAAUGUCUCACUAUUAUUUAUGGGGAUCGAAACAAUUAAAUGCAGCUUAUUCUACACAAUACGGACAAUACACUGGAUUCGUUGGAUCACCACAUUUUCAUGCUAUGUGCCGAUUACUUGGCUAUCAAGGAAUUGCUGUUGUUAUGGACAUAAUUUUAAAAGAUAUUGUUAAACCAUUAAUACAAGGAAACCUUUUACAGUUCACGAAAACUUUAAUGGGUGCAAUGCCAAAAUCUUGUAAACUUCCAAGAGCUGAAUACGGUUCGCCUGGUGUUUUAAGCUACUAUCAAGCUCAUUUAAUUGAUAUUGUGCAAUAUCCUGAUGCAAAAACAGAAAUGUUUCAAUUAUUUAGAGAAUUUGGAAAUAGUAUCAUAUUUUGUAUGUUAAUUGAGCAAGCGUUAUCGCAAGAGGAGGUCUGUGAUUUACUACAUGCAGCUCUUUUCCAAAACAUUUUCCCAAGACCAUACUGCAAAGAUAAUGAAAAACCAGAGGCUAAACAAAAACGUUUGGAGGCUCAGUUUGCAAAUUUGCAAAUUGUUUCUAAUGUUGAAAAAAUCGGAAAUGCAAAGCAAGCAAUGAUUGCAAGAGAAGGAGAUUUAUUGACAAGAGAAAGACUUUGUUGCGGACUUAGCAUUUUUGAAGUAAUUUUAAAUCGAAUAAAAUCAUAUUUAGAUGAUCCAGUGUGGGCCGGACCACCACCUGCUAAUGGAAUUAUGCAUGUUGAUGAGUGUUCUGAGUUUCAUAGAUUGUGGUCAGCAUUACAAUUUGUUUACUGUAUUCCAGUAAAAGGUACCGAGUAUACAAUUGAAGAGUUAUUUGGGGAAGGACUCAAUUGGGCCGGAUGUGCUAUGAUAAUAUUAUUAGGCCAGCAAAGGAGAUUUGAAGCUUUAGAUUUUUGUUAUCAUAUUUUACGAGUGCAACGUGUUGAUGGCAAAGAUGAAGAUGUUAAAGGAAUUAAAUUGAAACGUAUGGUUGAUCGAAUAAGACGAUUUCAAGUACUGAAUUCACAAAUUUUUGCAAUAUUAAAUAAAUAUCUUAAAAGUAGUGAAGGCGAGGGGUCUAACGUCGAACAUGUUAGAUGUUUCCCUCCACCACAACAUCCUUCAUUACAAACGGCAUCACAUUAUCAUGAUCCAAAUAAAUUAAGACAAAGUCACAAUGCACAUUAAAAUAAAACAAUUUUAUAUUCAAAAUAAAUUUAUUAUAGUUAUUAAUUUUAAAAAAAAAUUUAUUAUUUGAAUUAUUGUUCUUUUACAAAAAUAUAUUUUAGUAUAAUUUAAUGCAAUUCUUAACAAGAAUUUUAAAAUUAAAUUUUCCUAUAAAUUGAAAAAAAAAAAAUAAACGUGCAUAUUCCUCUAAAAUUA